UGAGAAGAAAGCGAAACGAGAGAAUACACAAUGCAUUAUGCGCAUAGUUAAUAAAUUAUUUUAUUUAUAUUUGCAGAAGAUGUUAGAGAUCGAAGCUUUACAUACCAUUGACACUGAAUAUUCCGCCGAUUCGAUAGAAUGGUGUUCACAUCCCUCGUAUAAUAAUUAUUUCGUAUGCGGUACAUAUCAAUUGGAGGGUAACAAUGCUCAAUCGACUUCUCCGCCAUGCCGCCGUAAAGGUCGCAUAUAUUUAUAUCAAUUUGAUAAAGAUGCCCUUGUCGUUAAUGAAUUGCAUCGCUUGGAAACUGCUGCCAUUUUAGAUAUGAAAUGGUUGCCAGAAUUGCAGAAUGCAUCAGUCCAUCAACCAAUUUUAGCAACGGCCAAUGCUUUAGGUCAAAUCGAAAUAUUUCAAAUAAUCGAAACGAAUUUGAAAAAGAUAUCAAGUCUCGAACUUAAUCCAACGUAUCAUAAUCUAUUGGCUUUAUCUAUAGAUUGGGACACAAGGAUGUCGUUACAAACAAAUGAUGAUACGAAAAAUUUGUUGGCGUCCGAUUCGCGAGGCGAUAUAAGUCUUAUACGGUUUACAUAUCGAGGUGAUCUACAAAAAAUUUGUACUUGGUCGGCACAUAAUUUCGAAGCUUGGAUUUGCGCCUUUGAUAAAUGGAAUGAAAAUCAUGUUUAUACCGGUGGUGAUGAUACCUUUUUACAUAUCUAUGACAUACGAACACAAAGUCGUGUCUUAUUAAAUAAAUCACAUAUGGCUGGGGUCACUUGUUUACUGAGCCAUCCAAAUACCGAGCAUUUACUGUUAACUGGUAGCUACGAUGAGCAUUUACGUGCAUUCGAUACGAGAGCUAUGAAACAGCCUUUAAGUGAGAUUAAUCUAAAAGGCGGUAUCUGGCGUCUGAAAUGCGAUCCAUUAAAACGUAAUUUAAUUUUAACCGCUUGCAUGUACCAUAAUUUUAGUAUAGCACAAGUGGCCGAACCACGCUCUCCCAUCGUUGUUGGCGAAUUUAAUGAACACAAUAGCAUUUGUUAUGGCGCCGACUGGUGUUUGAAUGCUCGUCCCGACGACAAGCAAUUAUUUAUGGCUACAUGUUCUUUCUACGAUCAUAAACUAUGUAUUGCCCGCGUAAAUGAAAAGCAAAAUUAA